AUUGAAGGGCAGAGCGAAGCAGAGGAGUUUCCGUUAUCCAUUUCUCUUUCUCUCUCCAAAGAAACCAAUUAGUUUCUUUUCUCUCUCCAGAAAACAAAUUCCCUUCUCUCCCAAUUGAAACGAAUUAGGGUUUUCCAUAUCCACAAAUUUUGCAGCAGUAACCAUGGCUUCCGGUUCAAUCAACGCUUCAAUUCCUUCUAUCCCUAGAGAUUUCGGCAAGAAGAAGAGGGCCAAUAGGUCAGCCAAAUUGAAACAAUGCAAGCUUGACGCUCGUCGAGAGCAAUGGCUUUCUCAAGGUGCAGUGAAGAAUAAGGGAUGUAAGGAGGAGUUGACGGGUCCACGCGUGUCACCUCAGCAAAUUCAUGAAGAGGGAAGGAAGAAUCCGUUGGAGAACUCGCAGACGAGGCGGCGAGGAGGAGGAGCAGGGGAGGAUGAAAAUGAGAAUGAAAAUGGGUCGAUCCAUCAUGAUUUUGAUUUGGAUUCCCCUUUGAAUAGUCCUACUGGCAGCAGUUUCCUUGGUGGCAACGAAUCGGGCACCAAUUUUACUGCUUCCAGUAGUAGCAGCACUUCUAGUGGAAGUAGCGUUGGUGGCAGCAUAACGGAAGAGGAUGGAGAAGAGAAUGAUAAUUGCUUGGAUGACUGGGAGGCUAUGGCUGAUGCUUUGGUUGCCAAUGAUGAUGAUGAUAAGCUAGAAAACCAUAUUGAUGAAAACAAUCCAUGUUUGGAAUUGCAGUCUUCACUGGAGCAUGAACCUGUUGUUCACUUGGAUUGUAAUUUGCAAAAUUUGGGUUCUAAUAACGAGAAUUUGACACAGGAGAGAACGGUGCCACCGAGAGUGACUCCUGGAAAUAGUCAGGCGUGGAGGCCGGAUGAUGCACUUCGUCCGCAGAGUCUUCCUAAUUUGCCCAAGCAGCGCAGCUUUCCGAAUACUGAUAGGCGUUAUGGACAAGGAGUGCUUCCGUGGGGUUGUGCUAGUGGUGCUAAUGUGCCCACUUCAUGUCCUAUAUGUACAGAAGAUUUGGACAUCACGGAUACAAGUUUCCUGCCAUGUUCCUGUGGGUUCCAGGUCUGUCUUUUCUGCCACAAGAAAAUGCUUGAGCUGGAUGGCCGCUGCCCAAACUGCAGGGAGCUGUAUAAGAAUGAUCCUGUGAAGGUGGAGGCCAGUGUGCGUAGAGGUAGUCUGACUUUAAGAUUGGCUCGUUCUUGUAGCAUGAGGUCGUAAGAGGAUGAUUCUCUGUUUUGGUGAACUUUGGGUCCAUCUCUUUCUCCGUGUGUCUUGUGUGUUCUGUUCUAUUGUUAGGCUGUCACUUCUUAGACUUUUUAGAUGCAGGGGUAUAGAUCAUUAUGUCUUUUGGCACCCGAUAAUUGAGCUGUUUCUUAUUUCGAUUCUUGGUUCUUAUCUGUGUGGUGCGGAUGUAGAAAACUUCAGUAUGUGAAUAGAUAAGGGAUAUAGAAACUCAAUACAUGAAAGGUAAUUACAAUA